UGCAUGGGUUCCACCUCGUCCGCAAACACACCCCCCCUGCCCUCUCCUAUUACACGCACGCAACACUACCCCAGGACUCUUCCACCGGUUACCCGCCGCCGAGCCAGUUCAGCAAGAUCAUCUUCUGUGAUACGCUUGGAAUCCAGCACUUCACGAUCUCUCGGCUUGCUUGCCGACUAGACGAUAUCUGUCAGACCCGAGGUUGUUGAGAAACCGAGAUCAGGUUCGACGUCCAACAAGAUUUGUGAAGGAGAACAGGGAACCUAUACCGGACCAUCAUCAGAAACUCUCAGCAGCGCAGGCUGUUUGGAGGGCCAUGGAUAUGGAAAAGGGCACCGUCGUUGACCGCGAGGGAGAGAGGCCAGAGGGAGUAAAUCGACAAGUAAAGGAUGCCGAGUCGGCCAACGCUGAAGCCGUCGCCGCCGGCGCGAGGCAAGUUGCUGGACUCAACGGAAAUGCGCUUCCUCUGGACCCCAACCAACUCCUCUCCGUCCUGGGUCUCCUCAGCGGACAGCCUCAAGCAACACCCGUGCCAGCACCGAUUGCGUCCACCGGGAGUGUGCCGCCGAACAACAACGCCAAUGUGCCGACCGUCACCAUCUUCGUGACGGUGACGCCCCCACCCGUGACGCAGACGGUCAUGAUCAUGAUCCCGACGACAAUCACGGUCACGGCGACCCCGAGAGCACCGCCGGGCAACGCCCCUGUUCCUGCUCCUGCUCCUCCUCCUCCUCCCCCUUCUGCUACGCCUCCGGUGUCGUCGUCGCCGCCAAAGAUAUCACAGCCAUCUCCGCCUCCACCACCUCCCAAGACUACGGCUCCUCCGCCGCCACCCCCGCCUCCAGUGAUGCCGCCGCCGCCUCCUCCUCCAGUAAGCGGUAUAACGACGCCCCUCAUGGGAUCGGGUCCGAUACCAGUACCGCCUCCGGUGUCGGUUACUUCCAUGUCCUCAGCAUCAGCAUCGGCAUCAAGCGCACCCAAAGGCGCGGCCGGCACGCCUACUGCCGUCGUGUUGUUGGGUGUUUUCGGUGGUGUUGGUAAGCUCACUCACGUCCGAACCCUGUUGAAGGAAACCUUGCUCACGUUUUUCAUAGCUGGCGUGUCAUUACUGGCAAUGGGGGCGUUUAUCUACGGCCUGAUGAGAAAGAGAAGAAACAAGACGUCGACAGAGAGGGACAGCGUUCAGAGCAUGCAAAUCGGGAGGCCAAUGCCGAACUAG